AAUAAGUACGGCUCACUCGGUGUCGGCACUCUCGAGGACUCGUCGACACCACAACUGGUCCACGGCUUGGAUGGCCAGCGAGUGGUGGCCGUCGCGUGCGGUAACAGUCAUACCCUGGUGUUGACCGUGUCCCGUCGUUACGCGGUUCCCGUCACCGAAAUCGCCGACCAGUCAGUAGUUACCCUAUCGUGCGGCCGUAACCACACGGCGGCGCUCACAGACACGGGUCGGGUCUACGUGUGGGGCUCUUCACAUAUAUCCAGACCCCGACUGACUCCCGAACCUCUGGCCACUCAUUCGGUGUACGAUAUAUUCGCCAAAUACUCGAAGAUUGACAUGACUUUCAAGACAAUUAUUUUUAAUAAUAAGAUCAAUGAUAUCGAGAAUAUUGACGAACGAAAUGCGGAUCAAAAACAGUUGUACUUCGAGGACAAACUCAUCGAUGGUAUCAAAGAUAUGAAUAUAGGAUUAGACACUUCGGCCCCGAAUAAUAGUAAUUGCAAUACCAGUAGUGGAACCGUUGGAUUGGAUCAUAAGUCUAAGAACAGUGAAAAGUUGAUUCCAUUGAAAGUCUUUGGGAAACAUUUGUCGGACAUCUUUGACAAUAAAUCUAAUUAUGAUUUGGUGUUUGUAUUCAACGAGAAAACCAUUAAUUGUCACAAAUUUGUGAUUAAACUGCGAAACAAACAGUUUUGGCAAAAAUGUCAGUUAAUGUUGAAUAGUAUUUAUAACAAUUCAAACGAUAAUGAGAUUCGCAUUCAAGACUAUUCUUAUGAGUCUUUCUAUGCAUUCCUCGAGUUCUUGUAUGCAAUCAAACCGAAGAUCACUCCCAGAAUCAGACGCGAAGUGUCAAAGUUGGCCACACUUUAUGGCGAACCAGCGCUCGAAGAGUUGUGCAAUUAUAAUGUCUACGGAUCUGAUGUUAAAUGUAUUGAUUUGUCAAACGUUUGCAGUCUGUAUGAGAUGUCUAUCACCGAUGGAUGCGUUGAGUUGGAGAAGAGAUGCGUUGAAUUCGUGACAAACAAUUUGAUCCCAUGUUUUAAAUCGGAUUCAUUUCACGCAUUGCCUCAACACGUGUCCAAACGACUCAUGCAAUCAGUGUUUGAGUGA